UUCUGUCUGUGCUUGUUCCGCAGUUGCUUUGGGUCUUUCUUAUUUGCAGGCUCCCUAAAAAUACUAAGACAUGUCAAGUCAUACCUCAAAAAAAGAAAAACGAUUUCUUUUUACCUCAGAGUCUGUUGCUGAAGGACAUUCUGACAAGAUGUGUGAUCAGAUAAGUGAUGCUGUUCUAGAUGCUCAUCUCAGUAUUGAUCCAGAUGCCAAGGUUGCCUGUGAGUGUGUAGCAAAAACUGGAAUGAUUUUGCUUUGUGGAGAGAUCACAUCCCGGGCUAUCGUAGAUUACCAACAAAUUGUAAGAGAGACCCUUAAGAGGAUAGGGUAUGAUGACUCUUCUAAAGGAUUGGACUAUAAGACUUGCACAGUUUUAGUGGCCUUAGAACAACAGUGUAAAGAGAUCAAGCAUGCUGUCUCCCAUGGCAAGAGUGAUGAUGACAUUGGAGCAGGGGAUCAGGGUUUGAUGUUUGGUUAUGCCACUGAUGAAACCGAGGAAUGCAUGCCCUUAACAGUCCUCCUGGCACACAAGCUUACUGCAAGGAUAAAGGCUCUGGAACGGAAUGGAACAUGGCCCUGGGUUAGACCAGAUGGGAAAACACAGGUCACUAUGGAAUACAAGGACAGCAAUGGAGCAAUGGAACCCAUCCGAGUACACACAGUUGUGAUUUCAGUACAUCAUGCCCCAGAUGUACCUCUACAACACAUACAGAAGGAGCUAAUGGAGAAAGUUGUUAAAGAAGUCAUUCCAGAGAAGUAUCUUGAUGAGCACACAAUUUAUCAUCUGCUUCCAAGUGAAAAGUUUGUAGAAGGUGGUCCUAAGAGUGAUGCUGGACUGACUGGCAGGAAGAUCAUUGUCGAUACCUAUGGAGGCUGGGGAGCCCAUGGCGGAGGUGCUUUCUCUGGAAAAGACCCUUCCAAAGUAGAUCGUUCUGCAGCAUAUGCGGCUCGCUGGGUUGCAAAAUCUCUGGUAAAAGCUGGUCUCUGCAAAAGAGUAUUAAUCCAGCUAUCAUAUGCUAUUGGCCUGAGUCAUCCUCUUGCUAUCUCAGUGUUUCAUUAUGGAACCUCAGACAGAUCUGAAGAAGAGCUGCUCGAGAUUGUACAGAAAAACUUUGAUCUACGCCUUGGAGCUAUCAUAAGGGAGCUGGAUUUGAAGAGGCCAAUCUACCAAAAAACAGCUUGCUAUGGGCACUUUGGGAGAGAAGAAUUUACAUGGGAAAUACCCAAAAAGCUUGUGUAUUAAUCUUUUCAGAAUGCUUCAUUUAAUUGACAGGUGGUUUAACAAUCAGGUACAAUUCCAAGCUGUUCAUGAAAAGACUGUAUGUACCCUUUUUAAAAAUGACAUUGUGUAACUAACAGAUGUACUAAAAAAUAAUUGUAUUUAAUUUCUAACUUUCACCAUGACCUCACACUUUAACUGCAUGCCGCUCAAUCUAACAUACUUUUCAGCUCUGUCUUUGGUAACAUGUGAACAAUUUAGGCCUAUAAUUUGCACAAAUGGUUGCUGAAGUCAGUACUGUCCUGCCAGAGAAGCCUGCUACUGCUUACCCAGUCAACUUUGUCCUGAAGUGGGUAACUUCCAACAGCUCCCUGUGACAGGAAAACAGAGAUAGUGCAAAUCGCCUUAAUUCUUUGGGUAGUGACCUCCACGACUACAGUUUUAGUUAUGGUAUUUCUGGUCAAAGCAAAUUAUUAUAAACACCCAUUUCAGAAUGGAGUUUGUUGUAACUCUAAAUAUACUUUGGUCUGAGGUAGCGUUAUCUGUUUGUUUUUAACAUUAUAGUUUUGUAGGUUUACCUCUGUGAAAGCUGAUGGACUCCCUUGUUGUAAUUCUUUCACUUAUUUAUAGUUACCUCUUUUCAAACUGAAAAUAUCCCUGUCUGCAUGAGUUGGAAAAGGUUGUGUAAUGUUUCAGUUAAGUUUCAUUUAGUCACUUCUGAAAUGUAAAAUCUUUUUGUAAAAAAAAAAAACUUGAAGGAUAAUAUUUUCCUUUGACUUCUGGUUAAGAACACAAAAUGGACAGGGAGAAUGCAAAAUCAUUCAGCUUUUGGUUUAUUUUUAUUUUUUAUUAUUAUUAUUUUUUAUUUUUUUUCAAGGACUGGAAAAGAUGAAAAGGCUUGCAUACAGGAGGUAGCACUAUCCAUCCAAUCUCCAGAGCUUCUGUCUACACAUUUUUAGCAAAUCUAAUAACUAUUGAAUUAAUUUUACUUUCAUAGGGUAGCUAUUUUGCUCAGCAUGAAAUUUUCCUCGAGAACAGCAGAAGACAUGUGCCUUGUUUAAAACAAGCAAACAGAAAAAGGCUACCUUUGCUAAAUUUGUAGUGCUUAAUACAAGGUCAGAGACAAAACAAUUGCUCCACAAAAUCACUUAACAUCUUUUCAAAUGUUUUCCUACUAUCAUUCUAGAAAUGAAUCACUUAAACUGUAGCCUCAAAAAUGCAAAAUGUUGCCCAAAGCAGACAUAAUCAUCAAGACUGGAGUUAUUGCUGAAAAUUUAGGUAAAUUGUAAUGUAGCCUACAUACAGCAGUCAAUCAAAAUAUUUUUAUUUCCAAGUGUUGCAACUGAUAUUUUAAUAAAUGCGUUAAUAUCAAAUGAACAGGCUUUUCUUUGAAAGAUGUGUCUACAAUAUGUCAUGCAAAUCCAUCAACAUAUAGUGGUUCAUAAUCUGUGUAAGAAAUUAUAAUCACGUAUCAGAUUAAAAACCCAAAAUAGUUUAUGCAUUGUAUUUUGUGACUUCAUCCAGUGUAGCAGGCUGUGCAGAUAUGCAGCUAAUAAAGUUUCAAGAAUGAAAAGUAUGUGUUAUAGUAAAAUAAUUUGUAACACCAUAAUGAUGUACACUGUAACAUGUAGAGGCAUUUGUCCACUCUCUUCUUUUUUUUUUUUUUUUUUUUUUUUUUUUUUUUUAAAUAGUGAAUUUAGAUGUACACUUCCAAAAGUUAAUGAUCCUUAUGAGGUCCUUUGAGGCAGAAUUAAACCUAAAUCUUUCAAAAGGACAUAGUUUCACUCAAACCUAGAGAAGCCAAUUAGAGAAGAAAAUGAAAGAAAUGAAAGUGCCAGCUUGGCUACGAAAGUGCCUUUCUUUCUGAUCUCAGAAGAGAUUAAGAGUUUCUGAAGGCGAAAUGAAGACAUUAAAAUUAAGAAAGGUCAAAACCUGUUCUAUUUGCUUUAUGUCAGAAUUAACUUUGACUCGUGCUUUCAGAGGACAUCACAAGAUCAGCUGCACCAAAAAAUACAAACCUUGGAGAUGUAAUUAAUCUUCCUUCUAAGAUGGGACACUUUCCUUCUUCUGAAAUAGAUUUUCAGCUGUGCUGAACCUAACGAACCUUAUCUGGAGCCAUGCAGACAUUAUUAUGUAUCCCAUUUUGUUAACUGUAUUUCUCUUAAAUGGUACAGAGAAAUGCAAAGUGGAAUGUUAAUUCAUCGCUUUUCAAUUCAUUUAAUUCCUAAUGAGCUAAAAGCAAUUACUGGAAUGGAAAUUAAAGUGCAUAUCUGUACUACAUGCUAAUAAACACAAUGAACUUGUCAUUUAACGAUA